UUGCAAACGACGCUAGCUGGCGAAGUUGGAAGAAAAGGUGUAACAAGUUUUACUACGCGUAAUCUUUUAUUUUCGGUUAAAAACAAUGUUUCUUUUCCAUUAAGUGUUACAACUAGCGUCAACUGUACGUUUUCUUCUGGUGUACGUUUUUUACAAGACUUCGGCUAUGGCGUCGGAGCAGUUUUCGCUAUGUUGGGACAAUUUCCACAAGAAUAUGUCUUCGGGAAUGAACUCAUUAUUGGAAAAUGAGGACCUGGUGGAUGUGACUUUGGCGGUGGAAGGAAAGUACCUAAAGGCCCAUAAAAUGGUGCUUUCGGUGUGUAGUCCGUAUUUCCGUGAACUUUUUAAAGUAAAUCCGUGUAAGCACCCGAUCGUGUUUAUGAAAGACGUUUCUUACAUUGCCAUGAGUGAUUUGCUUCAAUUUAUGUACCAAGGAGAAGUUCAAGUCAGUCAAGAAAAUCUCACUACUUUUAUUAAAACUGCCGAGGCGCUGCAGAUCAAAGGACUUACGGGGGACGGAAAUGGCUCUGCUGAAUGUGAUAAUGAACCAGAAGAGUUGAAAGCUGCUGACGUCGAACCCCCUAAGUUAGCACCCGCCUCGCGCCCUAAAAAAGUCCACUCUACUUCUACCCCACCUGCUAAACGUCCGAGGUUAGCGCCAGAAUCGAGUACGUCGUCGGCACUAACAAAGACUGAACCAUCUGUAUCAAGCACACCCACUAAUGAUCAACUAAUACAAUUUAAAAUGGAACCGUAUGAUCAAAGUCAGUCUUCUAUUACGGUUCCUGAUGAUGGUGUUGAUGAAACGUUUGCUGACGAUCCCUUGGAUGAUACUACUGCUGAUGAGGGAAAUGAGGAUUAUUCGAUGAUGGAAGGUGGGGAUGAUGAGCCCCAAGCUGGGACUAGUACUGAUGGAACGGCUGGAGAAGGACAAGACUUUCUCAUUAUGACCAACCAAAGAGGUCAAAAUGUCCUAAUUUUCGAAGACAACGUCUAUCACGUGAACCGCCGUUACGGACAUUUCACAUUUUGGCAGUGUUCGGAGUACAGAGCUUUUAAAUGUAAAAAUCGCCUUAAAACUUCAAAAGAAGGCUAUAUAGAAUGCAGCACAGUACCCCACAAUCACCCCCCGAGGAAGGACCGAGUGGCCGAAAAAAUGUCCAAAAUGAAUUAUUAGGCACACUUAAUAAGCAACCAAAUAUGUGAAUAAGGGGUUUUUGAUUUGAUUCCUGUGUUUAGACGACUUGUGUUUUACUUCCGUUUAAUUUCCUCUCAGUACUAAUAUUACUUUUUUUUCAGGAUUUCAUUAGUCGAAAUAAACCGUGAACCGAAUGUUGGGGAAACACUGUUCGUUUAAUUAUUGAUCCAUUUGUGUCUUGCGUUUUAUGUGAUUAUUAUUAAUGAAAUAAUUUUAAUUCGAUUUUCAAAUUUUGCUACGGCAACGAUAAUCGUAAUUGGGAAAUAUUGUCAACAAAGUUUGAUUGUGAACGAACCACUGUAUUAUCUGACAUUUGAUACCUCGCCGGGCGUAUUAAAAAUUGUGGUCCGUUCACAACAUACUCAUGGUCACAGCCAACUUAAAUAAAUACUUUUUAUAUCUAAUCUUAAUAAUUAUUAGUAGGCGAUGCUGCAGUCAAAAUUUUACCUAGUUUUUGAUAAAUUAAAGUAAACUACGUUUUCUAAUUGCAUCCUAUAACCAGGACAAUGAAUUAGAAUAAAGGAUUGUCCUUUAAAAUAAAAGGCGGUUGGUAACCCUAGAUGUAACUGAAACCUAGGAGUGAACAUAGGGAGGGAUGACACAGUGUGGUAAAGGUAAUUACAGAAAUAAUACACAAAUAUUGAAAGAAAAAUAAUUGAAAGAAGUACUAAAGGAAUACAUUUUAUAUCAUUAGAAAUUUGCUACUACACAAUCAAUUUUUGCUUGUAUAUUUUUAAUGUGUAUUCUAUUUUUGUGUUGGUGUUGGAAUUGAACAUUUAUUGUUUGUUUUUUCUUAUUACGAAUUAAUUACGUUUAUCUACGACCAUUAAAUAAUACGUGUUAUUUACGUGCACUUGAGAGUAAAAAAAACACAAAUUGAUUUUUUUUAGAAUGUAAUUUGGUCUGUUAAUAAAUGUCAAUUUCAUAAUUGUCAGGCAUCUUCCAAGUUUCUAUCAAGUUUUUCUAUGUUUUUCCAUUUUUCCACUUCGUUUUUAACACUGCAAGACCACCAAAUAAGACAUUUCUUUCGCACAUUUGGGAACAACCUUUUUCACACUAUGGGAAUCUUUUGAAAAAUUUGACAAUUUUGUUCUUGACAAUUUGCGUUUUUUUUGCACUCAAGUACAGUGGCGGAAUUAAAAUUUCGGGCACUCGGGCAGUAUUGU